AUGGCGCUGCCGUCCCUCUCCGCGUCGGAGGUUGAGGAAGGGGAGGACGCCGCCGCGCUUAUCCUGAAGCACGGUGCGGUGGUGGUGAGGGGUGUGGUCUCCCUGGCGACGUGCGCGGAGACGCGGGCUCGCAUCGAUGAGCGCCUCCGUCUGGCUAAUCUCGAGGCGUUCGGGGAAGAAAGUACCACGGCCGAGUUCUCGGCGGCUGGGAGAACGCCCGAGCAGGUUGACGCGGCCGCCAGGUACUUCGGCAACGUCACCGCCCCGGUGCACCGUCGCGACCUCAAGCUCGCGCUGAACGAAGAGGUCGGCGAGUGCGUGCGCCAGCUGUUGCGCGCGUGCGGACCGUGUAUCGCGUCCAUACUCACGGCGGACGCCGAGAUGUGCGAGCUGAGUGCCCUCGUCUCGGACCCGGGCGCCCCCGCGCAGCCGCUGCACCCGGACACGCAGACGUCGGGAACGCGCGCGCACUGCGGAUUGAUCACCGCGUUCGUCGCCACGCAGGACGUGACGCCCGAGAUGGGACCGACGGAGGUUUGCGCGCGGUCAAACGUCGCCGAAGCUCACCGAGCGUUGUCAAACGGCGGCGGCGGCGGCGGUGACUCACCGGGCGGUGACUCACCGGGCGGCGGCGAGGCGGGGAAGCUCCGCGCGCUGACCGCCGCCGGUUUCCCCGCGCCCGUCCCGGCGCUGCUGCGCGCCGGCGACGUCCUGCUGAUGGACUCGCGGGUCAUCCACAGGGGCGGGGCGAACGACGGGGCAAAGAGGCGGACUCUGUUAGUUUGCACGUUCCAGGUGCCAAACAACCCGGCGCCGGGGAGCACGUACUCGCUGCUGGACGAGUACGCGGGACGGUUCAGGCUCGGGGGUUUCGAGCGGUGGAAAGACCCAGCCGCGGCGACGGCGUAUUAG